UGUAUCGCACGAACUUCUCACUCCUCGUCUUCUCCUCCAGGCUGCAUCUGCGACUGCUACUGAACUUUCGCCUGGGGACAUGACAUGAGAGGGCUUCCUCCUUUAGCUUCCAGGGCUUCGACUGCAAUCCCAAUCCUCGCCGACGAAGCAUUUGCUCACAAGAAACUCGUCCCAGACAAUCCCUCCAAGUCCCAACCCAAACCACCCGCUCAACAGGAGCAUAUUAGCGAAGCACAAGAAGCACCGAGCAGGGGUAAGCCUUCGCACAUCUCGCGCCCGAGGGAUACCUUUCCCAGGGGAAACCACAGUUUACGCAACAAGCAAAUCGAUCGCCAUUACAUUUCUCAAGUCCUUUCGAGAAAGGACUGGUUUUUGCUGCUUACCCACGAGCACAAAGCGAAGAGGGCGGUCCUCAGUGCUCAGUCUGUCGCGAGCGUUUUGCAGAAUCAAGAAGACCCAGUUGUCCCUUUGAAGUUCUACAUCUGGGUAUCGGGUUUUAGCCCUGCAAUCGCCGAGAAUCAAUCGGUUAGAACUGUUUUGGCCAAUGCGCUGCAUAGGAAGGGCCCUGUUGUAUUGUCAGCUGAACUGAUUCAGGAUAUUAGGAGCUCUGGCGGUCGGUUCACGGAAGAUUUGCUUUGUGUGUUGAUUGGCAGCUGGGGCAGGUUAGGAUUGGCUAAUUACUGCGAUGAAGUUUUUGGGCAGAUUUCGUUUCUGGGGUUUAGUCCGACUACUAGGAUAUAUAAUGCGGUGAUCGAUGCGUUAGUGAAAUCCAAUUCAUUGGACAAGGCUUAUUUGAAGUUCCAGCAGAUGGCUGCUGAUAACUGCAAACCGGAUAGGUUCACUUAUAAUAUUCUUAUUCAUGGGGUUUGCCGAGCUGGCGUGAUGGAUGAGGCGCGUCGCUUGGUUAAACAAAUGGAGGGGGUCGGUUAUAAGCCUAAUGUGUAUACAUACACGAUACUUAUCGAUGGUUUCUGUAAUGCAAAAAUGGCUGAUGAAGCAUUCAAGGUCAUAGAAACCAUGAGGAAAAGGAAUGUGCCUCCAAAUGAAGCCACUAUCAGAUCAUUGGUUCAUGGAAUGUUUCGAUGCACUGAUGCUGGGAAGGCAUUUGAGUUGUUGUGUAGCUUUGUGGUGAGGGAACCGAGCUUGAUCAAAUUAGCUUGCGAUACUUUGCUUUUUUGCCUUUCAAGCAAUUCUAUGGCAAGAGAAGUAGCUGGUCUUUUGAGAAUGUUUGGUGAGAGAGGUUACGCUCCUGAUGGUGCGACUUUUAACAUUGCCAUCGUUUGUUUGUUGAAAGGCUUGGAUCUGAAUGAGGUGCUUGAGCUACUUGAUAGAUUUAACGAGAGAGGUGUGAAGCCAGGGUUCAGUACUUAUUAUGCACUCAUCAAAGCGCUGUACAAGGCUGGAAGAAUUCAGGAUGGUGAUCGGUACUUAAAUCGGAUCUUUGAGGAUGGGCAAUUCUCAAAUGUCUUUUCGUACAAUAUGCUGAUUGAUUGCUUCUGCCAAUCCAAAAUGCUGGGCAGGGCACUGGAAACUUUGAGAGAAAUGCAAAAUAUUGUGAUUGCACCUAAUCUUGUGACUCUCAACACCAUCAUUAGUGCACAUUGCAAGGAAGGAGACAUGAGAAAAGCCCAGGAACUGCUGGAGAUGGUUUUUCAGUUUUCUUUUGAACCUGAUGUUGUCACUUUUACUGCAAUAAUUGAUGGACUUUGUAGACUAAACAAGAUCGAAGAUGCACUUGAUUGUUUUGCGGAAAUGAGGGAGUGGGGCGUCACUCCAAAUGCUAUAACUUACAGCAUAUUGAUCCGAUCCCUGUGUUUUACUGGAAAUGUUGGGAAAUCACUGAAACUGCUUAGAAAAAUGCAAGCAGAUGGAAUUAGCCCAGAUAUUUCUUGUUUCAGUGUUCUUAUCCACAGCUGUUGUAAGAUUAACCAUGUUGAGAGGGCUAGGAAGCUCUUCUUUUCAAUGUUGACAUUGGGUUUGACUCCUGAAAGGCAGACCUACAAUGCUUUAAUCAAGGCAUUGCAUGAAUCAGGGCGAGCUGAUGAGGCCAAGGAGCUUAUUGCCAUGGAUGGAAAUGGAUGUGCACCUUGUUAGAGUGCAAGUUAUUUUCUAGAGGCCGAAGUCUGAUGAUGACGAUAUAGAGAGGAAAACAGUAUUGAGUGUGGAUAAACAAGAGAUCAUGCUAAAAGUUAUCCCUAUUGUAUAGGGGAGGUCUUCAAGGACUGUUAUGACUGGAGAUUCAUGAGUAUGCUCUGCAUUGUAAAAGCAUUGAGCCUGAAGGCAAUUCGACUGGAUAACGUAUGACGUUCUGUUUUCUUGUGGAAGUUACUAAUUCAAGAGCUAGAGCAUUUAGGAUAUGACCUCCUAAGAGUUGGGUAUAUGAGUACCGUGAAUUUAGAUGAGUCCCUGUCGCGACAUUAUCAUGCAGUGUCCACUGUCCAUACUCAACAAGUGUAUUAGUCCAAGAUCAGUGUCCUCAUGCUGUGUACUUAAGCUUGAAUCUGGUUACAUCUUUCUUUUUUUUGGGGGUGGGCAGAAGAAUCCAGAAAAUGGCUCUAACUGUUUAUCCAACUGAUUCUCAUCAGUAAUUUGCCCAGCUCAAAGAACUGGACAUUGUGAAUUGUAUUGUCUCACAAAGGUGAAAAGUGAACUUCAUUCGUGGGAAUGUUGAAUACAGGAAGGCAUCCUUCUGUACUUAAAGUUGGAUUUACAGGAUCAGAAGAUCAGCGUUGUCAUGCGGAGAUGUGCCUGAAUCAGUCCAUAAGCUUCCUCUUCAGAAUACUUGGUUACUUAGCUGAAACCAGAGCUGCCCCGGCGUGCUUUGCAUGGAGGAGCAUGAAAAUAAUCUAAAGUUAAUGCGGUUAAUGACCACAGAUAGUAUACUUCUAACAUUGUGUGUAAUGUGAAAAGUUCACUGUUACACCAUUACGGUUUAGCUUCUUUGAUCAUCUGAAUUUGCGGGUGGAUGCACAUUCCGAGUUUCUGCUGAGCAUGCUGUACCAUAUUUGUUCCUGGACAUGUACUUGAUCUCGAGAACGGAGCACAUCAGAUGUCGGGGUUUGGGCAUUCGUUUGUUUACAGAUAAUUUAUGUCUCUAUCCUUUGUUUGCUUUGAAUAGCUGAAUUUCAGUGUUUUUCAUCUAAAUGUUGUAUCAAGUUUCUAGAAGAGAAUUGAACGCAUUGAAAAAUUUCUGUCGUAAC